AGCGAAAACUUCUUCUUAAAUAUAAAAUCAUCGAUAGAAAUAAUCAUCUUCUACAUUAUAUCAAUUAAAACUACCUAACUUACCAAUCGUUUGCCGGCAAACAAGGAAUCGCCCCCAUUUUUACCGAACCGUAUCGUAGGCGAUGAGUAAUACCGUUUGUCGUGCUGAGUGACGUCGUGCAGCCGGCAAGCGGCGCGCAGACCGCAGACCUCAGUUUGACACUGUGAGGAGGCACGACAGGACUCUCUUCUACAUACUCGUUCUUUCGCCCUUAACGUGUUACCGCACCCAAUAUCGAUCCUCGCUAUAAUCUCAGUAAAUCCUUCCUCCGCAAAUUGCAAUGGAUAAGGCCGAUAGCUUAUUAUUGGGUCUCACCGCCGGAGAUAAAACCAUACCAGAUGUCCCUUCAGCGGAAUCGGCCAUGAAACGCGACCAGGACUCGACGGACGAUUUCGAGCAUCUGGAAGGUGAAAGUAAACGCGAAGAAUUUGGAGAAUCUCCUUUACACUCGGCUCAUCCCACCUCGCGACAUGCCACCCAAAAUUUCCUCGACAUGGAGAGGGAUAUCUUUGUGGAUACGCCUCGUGCACCAUCUGUGACUGAAAAGGCGGACCAUAUCGCCGAUAAGUUCACGGACAGUGAGUCAGAUGCGGAUACGGCCGGUGAGUCGCCGAUGCAUAGACCAGAACCGCCCAAGGCCGUGGCGCCCGAGCAGACGAAGCCAAUGGACCGUGCGAGCGAACCUGCUGCCAUCGCACACGACUCGACUCCAAUUUUGGAGCCUACUCCAGCUCCGAUUCCGAUAGCUCCUAAAAUGUCGGAGCCCGUAAUCGAAUCGAAGCCUGAAAUUAAACCCGAACCUGUGGUGCAGCCACCAGCCGCCAGUCCGCCGACACGUGUCCCCGAAGCUGCUCCAGCGCCAAAAGAAGAAGCACCGAGUCCCAAGCCAGCCACCACCGUCACCAAACCAGAACCAGCGCGGGCCCCGACGGCACACGUAAUCGAGGCUGAAGUCAUAUUUUGUCAAAUGGGAUUAGAUGCUUGGUUCGACCCGCAGAGGCUACAUCCCGAAGUGGAGUCUCUGAUCUACUGGCGAAGCGCUCCCCGGUCGGGCGCCGCGCUCGGGGCCGGCCUCGCGCUGCUGGUGGCUCUCGCGUGCUGCUCCGUGGUCUCCGUGCUCGCCUACUCCUCCCUGCUUCUGCUCACCGCCGCCGUCGCCUUCCGCAUAUACAAGAACGUGCUGCAGGCCGUACAGAAGACCAAUGAGGGACACCCUUUCAAAUGGUUGCUGGAGCAGGACAUCAGCGUGCCGGCGGAGCGCGCGCAGUCGCUGGCGGCCGCCGCCACCGCACACCUCAACGCCGCACUCUCUGAGCUGCGCAGAUUAUUCUUGGUGGAAGACCUGGUUGAUUCGCUGAAAUUCGGCGUGCUGCUGUGGUGCCUCACGUACGUCGGCGCCUGCUUCAACGGCAUGACACUUAUCAUUCUCGGAUGGAUAGCCCUGUUCUCCCUGCCCAAGGCGUACGAAAUGAACAAAACCCAGGUCGACGCCAACCUAGAGCUCGCGCGCGCUAAGAUCAACGAAAUCUCUGCCAAGGUUCGUGCUGCGGUGCCGCUGGGCCGACGCAGCGAGAGCGAGAAGGACAAGUAGAGGGCGGUCCAACACUUUGUUAUAUUUAUUAUUAUAUUGUAAUAUUAAUGAAUAAAUACUUUACGUGUAAAGCUUUAUGAGGGACUCGCGAGCAGAGUCGCGCGGAGAUUAUUGCUUUUUUGAAAUUUUAAAUUAAAAUACUUGUCGAACC